UUUUAGUUAUUAAUAAAUUUAUUUAUUGUGUUUCUUGACCAUUUUAAUUGAGUGACACAUUUAAUUAUUAAUUGGAUGUUGUGUUUGUGUAUAUUUUGUGGCACUUUUCUACCUCCGUACAGAACUGCUGCUCAAAGUUCAUUAAAAAAAAAAUAAAAUCCCAUCUGGUACAAGACGUGUUUGUGUUCCUUUUUCUGGAUGUCCUGUCACUUUGUCCUGCAGCCAAACAGGACGUUGUUUCCCUCUGAGACCCCCGCAUGACAGCAAGCCCAGCUCUGGUCCUAACCCCGAAUCUGGUCCGAACCAGAACCAGCCUCGAACCUGUGAGUCAGGACUCAGGACUCAGGACCAAAGUGUCCUUUGUUCCUUCAUAGAUGGGGUGUGCGCACAUCCUCACCCUCCCUCCCCAGUCCAGACAGAGUCCACCAUGAACGACAGUCUGGAGCGGAUCUCGCCAUGAACGGGCCUCAGCUCAGUGAUCUCCCGGACGACUCGGAGCAGCUCAGGCCGCACGUGAGGCGCCUGCGGCGGCGAGUCCUGCAGGCUGCGGAGCUGUCCGCUGUCCGGAGCUUCUCUGACGGCUUCCUCAUCAAGUUUCUGCGGGCCAGAGACUUCGACGUGGCGCUUUCUCUGAAGCUCUUGUUGAACUACCUGCAGUGGCGGAGGGAAUGUCCUGAGAUCAGCAGCUGUCUGUCUCCCUCGUCUGUCCUCGGCCUCCUCAGUACGUCCUACCACGGCGUCCUUCCACAGCGGGACCACACUGGCAGCAGGGUUCUCAUCUACAGGAUUGGACAGUGGAACCCCAAAGACUGGUCCGCCUUCCAGGUGUUCAGGGUCAGCCUGAUGACAUCAGAGAUAAUCUCCAUGGAGACAGAAACACAAAGGCGAGGUCUGAAGGCCAUAUUUGACCUGCAGGGGUGGUGUUUAGGCCAUGCCAUGCAGAUUAACCCUUCCCUCGCCAGAAAGAUUUCCUCUGUUCUUUCGGACUCUUUUCCUCUGAAGGUUAGAGGAAUCCAUCUGGUCAACGAACCCAUGUUCUUCCGUCCGGUCUUUGCCAUGAUUCGCCGCUUCCUCCCAGACAAGAUCAAACACAGGGUCCACAUGCACGGCUCUGCAUUCCACCACACUUUGAGUGAUUUCUUCUCCCCACAUGUCCUGCCUCCAGAAUAUGGAGGGGAGGGGCUGGGGAUAGAGGAGGCGUGUCGGGAUUGGACCAAUCAGCUGCUAGAAUCAGAGGACCUCCUGAAGCAGAUCGCAGCUCACCCAACAGGUGACAUCUCUACAAGUCCCGGUGACUCCGUCAUCUCAGAGGAAGCUGGGACUGAACAGGUUUCUGAAGGAUGAUGUUUGAGGCAGUUUCCUGUCGGGUUCCUCGUAUGAGGGAAAGAAGAAUGAGUUAAAUAUACUUUAUUAGUUAUAUUAGAUUUUAUAAUAAACAGUGUCAGUGUAAAACUGUGACACUGCCUUUGAGCACCAAGCAUCCCACUAUGUUUACACGAUGUUUAUCAUCCAGCCCUACGAUGGCCUGGUGACCUGUCCAGGUGGACCUGCCUCUUGCCUGCUAAUUGCGGGGAAAGGCUCCAGCUGGAUCAUCCUUGUCUGUUCAGGUCAUCUACAUGUCCAGCCUGUUUCUAUUAGAUUUUAUUGUUCAAUACCUGUACUCACCGUCCACUUCAUCAGCUCCACCUGUUCCACUUCCUGUUAACGCUAAUAUCCAACCAGCCAAUCACAUAGCA